CGCGCCCAAUCUCCCAGAAACGAGGCUGACAAAGAAGAACUGUACGGCUUACUUUCUCACUGUGGAAAUGGCGCUUCGUGUUGUGAAAGCCUGAAGUCUGCUGAGGCUUUCGUUCCUGAUAUUUUUUAACACCUUGAUGACUAUUGGAAUUAUUGUAUUUUGAGAACAAUCGGAUUAUGACAGAGGAAGGAGAGAUUCUUGGGGAAAAACAAAGCAACAGUGGCUCCGAAGCCUUCAUCAUUCUUGGACAGUGAACAAUGCAUGACUUGACUGCCCAAGUCACCAGCAGCCUGCUGCCCUUCUCAGGAGUGACUGUAGAUGCUCUGGGUGAGGAUGAGAUCAGCCUGGACUGUGUUCUUCAUGGCAAGUUCACUGUUGGUCAAAGCGGGUUGGCCUGGUUGGCCAGUGGACCCCAUCUGGAGGUUGUCCACGCAGUGACAGGAGAGCGGCUGUCUGCACACUGUUUCAGUGGCGGCGGAGAGCAUCCACCCAUUGUCCUCACUGCCAGGGAUUUCGGCUGGCUCAAACGGUCUGGGCUGUUGGUUGGCUUGGAGGAAACCAGAGGCAGCGUUCUGUGUCUGUAUGAGUUGGGACUGUCUAGAGUGGUGAAAGCUGUGGUUAUACCAGGCAGGAUUACAGCUAUUGAGCCUCUAGUGAGUUAUGGUGGAGCAAGCACCUCCACCCAGCACCUGCACCAGAGUUUACGCUGGUUCUUCGGCAUUGCUGCAGUAGCAACAGAUCUUGGUCAUGUCCUGCUUGUGGACCUCUGUCUUGAUGAUCUGUCCUGCAGCCAGUGUGAACUGGAGGCAUCGGACCUGCAGGUGGUGACCAAAUCUCCAGCAGACAUCCCCAGGCUCAGAGAGGUCAGCACCAGAGAGGGCAGACAUCUCUGUCUGCAGCUGAACCCGCCCGGUAGCGUUGGUGUCACGGCCCUGCAGUACAUCUCCAGAACCAACCAGCUGGCAGUGGGAUUUUCUGAUGGACACUUGCAGCUGUGGAACAUGAAGACUCUGAAGAAGGAAUACCAGUCACAGUUGGAGGGUGGCAGGGUUCCUGUUCAUGCUUUCGUCUUCCAGGAGCCAGAGAACGACCCCAGAAACUGCUGCUACCUCUGGGCUGUCCAGUCUUCUCAGGAUCUAGAGGGAGAUCUGGUUUGCCUUCACCUGCUUCAGCUGGCCUUCAGAGAAAGAAAAUGUUUGGCUUCUGGGAAGAUCCUCUAUGAGGGUCUUGAGUACUGCGAGGAACGUUACAGUCAGGAUUUAAGUGGCACGUCUUUCCCUGUCAGGGCUCAGGCCACAAACACACGUCUGCUGAGCUGCCAGACGAUCGAGAAAUUCAGAGCCCAUCCUGACAGGGACGACAGUAUGAAUGAAGUUGCAUCCCCCGACACCAGUUUGUCUAUCUUUUGCUGGCAAGUCAAGGCUUAUGGUCAGGGAAGUCCCUCUACGUACAUAGGGGUCUUUGACAUCAAUCGUUGGUACCAUGCACAAAUGCCUGACUCUCUGAGAACUGGGGAGUCUCUUCAGAAUUGUCCCUACCUGGCAGUUUGGUCCCUGGACUUGGUGGUGCAGAUGGUGUCUCCCCACACCUUCCUGGAUGUGGUUGUACAUGAACGCAGCCUGAGCAGGGGCCUGCCCUUCACCUGCCCCCCUCCAGAACAGUACUUUAACCCAACCACAUAUAACUUUGAUGCUACAUGCUUACUUACCACUGGAAUUGUGCACUUAACUUGCUCUGGGUAUCAAAAAGAGACCUUAAGUUUUUUGAAGAAAGCUGCUCCUUGUUCCAGUGACAUCAUCUCCAUCAGCUACUCCCACUGCCUUAUGUCUGGCCUCCUCUCAUCUCGCCUGUCAGACAGUCAGGCAACCAAUCUCUCUCAGGAGGAACAGCUUGAUGCCAUCUUAUCAACAGCAGUUGAGACCAGUUCCUUGGGAUUGAUUACUGGUUGCAUUAAGCAGUGGACUGCUGAAGAACAACCAGGAUCAGCACUGAACCUGCGCUACAUCCUGGAUUGGGCUUGGAACAAAGUAGUCCAGACCAAAGAGGAGCUUGAUGCCAUCUGUGCCCCGUUGUUCAACAGCUCAUCCAACUUCACUGACCCUCAGACCCUGCAGCUGCUGCAGCACACCCAGAAAUUGCUCAGUAACCUCAGUGCCAUCUUCCACUGCCUGCUCAAUGAAGCUCAGGAGCUCACACAGCAAGGUUUGGCAGGUCUAAUGAACAAGAACAUGGUGUCCUGUUUAAUUUCCAAGUACGCUCAAGUGGUCCUCUGGUUCUGUCGCACCGGCUUACUCCCGGAGGGAUCAGAUGAAGAUGCUCUCCAGAUCCCCAGGCCUUUCUUUACUCACUCAGUCAUCAGUAACUACUACAUCAUUCGCAGGGAGGAAUUGAUCAGGUUGGCCAAGACCAAAUGGUGUUCAGACUGCCUCAUGAUCGAUGGUUUGGUUGGACAGUGCGGUGAACGUCUGACCAACCUGUGGAAAAGGGAUGAAGGUGGAACGGGCCAGUACCCACCACCUACGCUGCAUGCCUUGCUUGAUAUCUACCUUCUAGACAACAUUGAUGAAACUGCCAAGCAUGCUAUUGUGAUUUACCUGUUGUUGGAUGUCAUGUACUCCUUCCCCAAUAAGGAUGGAACAUCAGUGGAGUCUUUUCCCACAGCUUUUGCCAUCCCCAUCGGACUGGUUAAACUGGUACAAGGACUCUGGUUACUGGAUCAUAAUGACCACCAGAGCUCGUUUGAUCUACUCCUACAUCCAGCUGCUUCUCAGUUUCAUUUCAAGUGGCAGCAUGAGCGGGUCCUGCAGGCGUUGAUGUGUCAGGGUCAGCAGUCAGUGGCGCUCCGUUACUUCCACGUUACAAAGCCUCUGAUUACCUCCACCACCCAGGCCAGACUUUGCCUCUCUGUGCUGCUACACAACAGGUGUCUCAUCGAGGCGUGGUGUUUACUUCGGCAGCACUCUAACCGCUUGAAUAUCACCGAGCUGCUGGGCUUCCUGUAUGAGAGCUGCCAGGAGCUGGGCCUCAUCAAAGAGCUGCUCAAACUGCCUCUGGGCCUCAAUGAACAAAACUGUUUGGAAAUGUUUCUCCAAGGCACAGGAGGUCUUCAAAACAGAGAACUGCUGAUGGUUCAUUACCUUCAACAGGCCAACUACAUUCCUGCUCUGCAGCUCAACCAAACCCUCAAAAUGAACUUGGUGAACGAGCGAGACCCAAAGCUUAAAGAGCGAUCCAACACCAGAAACUCGAUAUUGGACCAGUACGGCAAAGUUUUACCCAGAGUGCAGAGAAAACUGGCGAUGGAGCGAGUCAAGCCCUACCAACAUCCCUCUACCGUUCACAAAGAAGUUUCUCGACCACAGCCGCUGUCUACUAUUACCAAACGUCCUGCCAAUGAGAAGGUGAUGUCCAGAGCUGGAUUCAUCAACAGCGUUUUCACCAAGAUCGAGGAGGUGUGUCGAGGCAGAGAAGUGUCACCGCAGUCCUCGCCAGCAAAGACAUCAAAAGCAGCGGAUGUUCAGGGCUCCAGUUCUAGGCUGUCCGCCCUAGCUUUUCCUGAUCCCUUCCUAGGAACUCCCAUCACCAUGACCUCCAAACGAAAGUCAAGACUGAUUGACCUGGUGGUCCACCCCUCCUGUGAGACUCCUCAGCCUCUCCUCAGUCCUUCCAGACCUCCAAGCUCCUGGGUUUCUCCUAAGAGCAUCAGAAGAGCUCCUGAGCUCAGUUUGCUGCAAACGCCACAGAUCGUCAAACGGGCUCGGGCCUUGGCUGCUUCUGGCCCAGUCUUUUCAGCUUUCACCCCCCAAUCCAUCCUGCGAAGCAGCUUGAGACCUACACCCGUUGCUACUCCGUCUGCCUCUCCAGGGCGCUCCAUCACCCCCCCACUGCGCAGCAAAGAGAGCCGCAUCACCUUCAUUGAAGAAGCAGAGAUCGUUGAAACAGAGAAGGGGAUCCGGUGGAUCAACGGGAUGGCAGCAGACAGUGAGCUCAGCCAGCUAAGCAGAGGCUCCAAAGCCACACACAAGACAUGGUCUUCGCUGCCUGCUGAGGAGGAAGAUGAGGAGGAGGAAGGACAACAUCCUCAUGUAAAGUUCCUACCUCCAGAAGGCGGUGUUCCCUCACCGCAGCUUAGGUACUCUGAGAGUAAGCUAGCGCCCGCCCAGGAAGUAGCUGCAGCAGCAAACCCAUCAGCUGGAGGUCAGACACAUGUCAACGUGAACUUUGACACCAGCCAGACAUCUGUUCUGUCAACAGACACCAGUCUAGAGUACUAUGAUGCUACUCUCUCAGAAGACCCCAAAGGAGCACGGGGACCAAUGGUUGCAGAGGAUGAUGACGAUGAUGUAGUGACACUGAACAUCAAGCCUGUGACUGAAAACGAACCAGAACAAAGGUCUGACAUUACCAUAGAGCAAAGCUUUAACCUCCCAUCAGAGGAUGCAGAUAAGGAAGAGGAGUUUCUGAAGGAAGCAGAGCCCUGUGAGGAAGUCACUGAGGGUGCUUCUGAUCAGAAGGUAUAUGAGGAGGAGAGAGCUGAAUCUAAACGAGAAGAGUAUCUGAACCUUGUCUCAGUGAGCAAACAGGACGAUAUUGCAAGUCCUGACCAAGAGGAGCGAUCUCCUCUCCAGGAAGUUGUUAACCAGCUACCUGAGAGCUCAGACACUGAGAUCAGAUCUGAGGAGCAGCAGGUGAAAGGUGAAGAACUAAACGUUCAGUGGGAAGCACCUGAGUUGAACCUUGAGCAACCCAAACCAUCUGAAGAAGGUAAAGCCACAAACCAAGCAGCACAGGAUCAGCUGCAGACCGCAGACCUGACCGACUUUGUGCAGCAGCACCUGUUUGGUGAGGACCUGUCACUUUCUCUCAGCCGCUCAGCAAUCCACAACGCCUCACUGAGCCAGACUUCCUUAAACAGUGAGUUAUUGGGGGAGGUUGAAGAGGAGGAGCAGCCGCCAGCUGUAGAUCCCUCAGCGUUCACAACACAGAAAUCCACCGUUUCUGAGAGCUCCUCAGAGCCGACAGGCACCGACUCCCACUCUGUGGUGAGUGUGAACGAUAGCGAAGAAUUGUCCAGCUCUGCAUCUGAGGAUGAAGGCGGAGAAGAAGAGGAGGAGUCAUCUAAUCAAGCUGAGGAGGAGGAGGGAGAAGAUGAAGAAGAGGAGGAAGACGAAGUGGAAGACUCCGGUAGUGAGGUGGAGAUCAUCGAUGAGGUUCAGGGUAAUGGGAGGCUGCCACCACUCCAACCCAGUUCAGCCUUCAUGCAGCAGGAGCACGCUCACUUCCUGCAGGAACUUUCAGAGCAGCAGGCGGCUGAGUUCUCUCUGAUCACACCUGGUGCAGAGUUGAAGAUGGAGGAAGAUAUAGAAAGCGAGGUUGUGAUGGUGAGACUCGGCGGACAUGACGGAGGGAUGGUUCCAGACACAGAGCAGAGAUCACCAUACAUGGAGCUCAAACCUUCCACCACUCUGCUGGUUCCCUUCGAGUUCAUGGAAGGACAGCAAGACCUGGUAGACGGCGCUCACUUCGCUCUUCCUGAGCUUCAGCCGAGCGUUGUGGCCGAUGAGCAGCAGCCUGAAACUCACACCGGCUUCACACUGAUGCUGGACACGGAUGAGGAUGGAGUUACAGAGGCGCUGGCUGCUGGGAAUGAUCUGCAGAUGUCUGAGCUUCCUGCCCAGCCUCAGAUACAAAGUGAAAAUCUUUUGGAUAAAUGCGACGUUAUUACUUUGAACACAGAUAACAUAGAAGAAGCUGCUCAAGAAGAAGAAAGAAAAGAGUUCGAGAACUUGGAUCAGAAUGAUGUAUAUGUAGUGGGGGAGGAAGAGCCUGGAAAUGACCAGGCAGAUCUGCAGACUGAAUUUACUGCAGCAAAGCAGGAGACGGAUGACUCUGCAGAGCAGAAAGAUUUAAAAUUGGAAGAAAUUAGAAUAUUUUCUGAAGAUGAGGAAUCUGCUGCUGUAUCGGUUCCAGGAGAACCUCUAGCUGCUGUAAAUGACACAGACUCCACAGCAAAAACAGAAGCUGUUGAAGAGGAGGUGUCAAAAGAGGACAAAACAAUGCCUGCUGAGGAGGUGCCGCUGCCUGAGGGGAACGGGUCUGUAGAUACAGAGAUGGGAAAAACCGAGUCUGCUGUGGAGGACAAGAAACAUGACCACAUAACAUCAUCAGAGACCGAAGCUAGAUCUGAGGAGGAAACAGAGGAGAAACCCAGGAGAAUACUGAGGCAUAGAAAUGUUAAAGAGGAACUGGGGGAGCAGGUUGUGAGUUCAGAUAGUCAAACUGAGAAACAAACCGUGGCCUCUCAGAGAAAGAAAGCUCCCUCUACUCCAACACGGAGGAUGACAAGAGGAAGGAACGUUACUUUUAUCUCUCCUCUUCCUCAGGCAGCAGACGAGAGAGAGCAGGAUGGAAACACAGAGUUUGAUAAACAGAGCAUUGCUGUUCCUGCUACAGCAACUCGUACUUCUAGAAAAGGUCAACCGCUCCAAACCGCCACACCUCGUAGAAGUACUCGCAAAACUCAGCCGGAACUUUCUAAAGAGGAGGCUGAAGGCAUGGAUAAUGAGAUUUCACUUGCUUCAACCUCUAAAACGCCUUCGCCAGGCAGACGUUCGCAUAGAGCCACUGCAACAAGAACCAGCAUCAAAGACAAAUCUCUGACCACAGAGGUAGAAAUCAAAGAAGACAGCCAAGAGGAUGAGGUUGUGAAAACAACAAGGAGUCGCAGAACCAGCUCCAAGACUGAAACUCCUUCCAAAAGCAGCACGACUCAGACAGGCACUCCCAGGAGGUCUAGCAGAAAGAUGGUGAAUACCGGCGAGGUAGAGCCGACACCUCUGGAGGCGGUCAAAGAAGAGAAUAAAGAGGAGCCUGUUGUCCCUCCUGUGAAACGCAGCUCCAGAAAGAUGAGACCAGAGGUCCUGCCAGCAGUGUUUGAAGAAGAUGAGAAAAAGCAGCAACUUUCCAGCCCUGGGAGGACAACUCGACAGUUUAGCCUGAAUGUGUAUCCACAAGUCAAACUGGUUGCUGUGUCCCUUCCUCAGAACAACAGCAAGAAGAGAGAAGCAGCUGCUCCAGAAAACUCGAAAGAAGGCAACGAUCUCUCUGAUUCUGAUCCCAGUAAGAGCGCUGGCCAGUCAAACUCGCGUCGCCUUACGAGAAGCAGACUCUGGGACCACCCCGAGGAAGAUCUGCCCCUGCUGGACUCACCAUUAGAGGUGGAUUCUGAAACUCCUGUUGCAGAUGCCCUCAUCAAGAGACUGAAGGAUGAGGAGGAGAAACGGGAAGGUGGUAUCAUAAUAAAGGUGGAGAGAACCAGGAAAAAGAGCACAAAACCAUCAGUGGAGCAGGUUUCAUGUCAGCCUCCUGUAACAGACGUGGUAGCUGAACCUGCAGAAAACGAGUCCAUUCCAGGAGGACACUCAUUCAUCUACUCGCCCUCCCGACAGCGACAAACAAGAGCUCGUACAGCAGACUCUCCUGAUCCAAGUGAGGACUUGGAGGCUCCAGUCACACGCAGCCGGAGUAGUGUCAAAGGUGCUUCUGUUCAGGAUAAAGUUUCUUCAAAAGAGCAUCGCAUUGAAGUGGAGAAAACAUCUAAAACCAGAAAAACAAGCAAAAACACAGCCAAAUCCAGAGCUGCUUCAGCGUCUGUUCAGAUCGCAGAGGUGGAACUGGUCUCACCUCUGCCCAGUCCGACUCCAACUGAUCUGCUCCCGCGAGCACUGAAGAGGAUUACAGACGGAGAGGUCCCGACCUCCACCAGGAACCUUCGGCGCAAACGCAUAAUGGAAACGGUUUUCUCAAAACCCGUCACCAGAAGGAGGAAACUUUGAGGAGCCUGGAGGUGGUAGUAACCAGUGAACCUCAGAGGGCCAUUUGGUUCAAAUCGUCAUGAGCUGUCAAAAAAGAACGGCCUGAACUGACGAUUGUUCUUCUUGAAAUGCCUCGUAGUGCUGCAGUUUCUCUAAAAACUUUCUCUGCUGAGAGCAAAAUGAAAGCCGUGGAGGUGGGAUGGUUUAUUUCUGGGACAAAACACAACAGAUUCAGUGUGAAGGAGGGUUUAUUUUUGGAGUUUACAUUUCCUUCUCAUGCAGACUUGAUUUCACUUGAUAAACGGCCAUUUUGUUUGGCAUCGUCAGCUUGAGCUCUGGACACAGAACGGCACAAAGAAAAGCAAUAAAUGUGGGUUUUUUGAGGCUCCCAAUGAUAAACUGAACCGAUCUCAUGAAGAGGUUUUAUUCACAUUCUGUUAUUUUAAGGUUUUCUUUUCUUGUUGCUGUUUACUUUUAAAAAUUAAAGGUCUGUUUUUCUGUUCAAGAGAAAAAAGGCAACAGUCUGGUAGGGAUCUAUUUCUACUGCUAGAUUUGUAUAUAGUCAUUUGUUAUGUUCCAAAUAAAGUUAAUAAUUAAAUCCUAAGGAAUUAAGUUUAUUUUGAAUUUGAAGUGUCUUGAAUGCAUUUGAUGAUCACAUCAGAUUGCCUUUGCCAAAGUCUUAAAAUCAAAAUAGAUUUUAGAGAAUUUUGUGUGGAAAACUGCUGCUGUCAGCAGAUCUGGGAGAGAUGUAAAGGAGAAAAAGUGCACAACAAUUUGCAGAUGUAAAAGUAGCUUGGGGUUUGAUUAAUGCAAUUUAUGGCAACAAGUAUCUGAUUCAGACUAUUUUCUGAUGAAUGUAUGUAGAAUGUCUUAUUUUUGAUGACUGCUCUUUGAUAAAUACGACUAAACUUGAAAAAACUCCAGUCUUUUUGGUGUCAGUCUCAUUUUCUCUUUACAGUCUUGAGUGCAGGUGUGACAUCCAAGACAACCAGUGCAUGCAUGAGAAACAGAGUAAAAAAAGAUGACUAGACCUGACAUUUCUGCACAGAACGCAGAAAUUUUAGUGUAUUUUUUAAGUGAUCCCAUCUAAUACCUUUACAGUCCUUUAAGCAUGUUUGCUACUGUCGGUUUUUAUUUGUCCAGCUCUUAAUAAGCAGGAGUUGCACCAAAGUUCUGUAAAACAAUGAAAUAAAAUUAUCAUGAGAAAGGGA